AUGGAUGUUAAAACACCCCCUAUCAAGGACAUCCAGUCCGUCACGGAGGAUAAGGAAUCCGGCCUUACAUUCAUGAAGAACGUAUCGAUUCCUCUGAAAGCCUCUCCACUACCUAUACGUGCCAACGUAUAUAUUCCUCUGUCCACAGACCCCAGCGCCAAAUACCCGGUUCUCGUCACUUACGGGCCGUAUGGAAAGGAUAUUCCGUAUGAAAGAUUCCACAAAGGUUCUUUUGAUGAGGUCAACCCGGAACACCGGUCCAAGUACUCGGCAUGGGAGACUCCGGAUCCUGUCUAUUGGUGCCGGGAAGGGUAUGUGAUUGUCCGUGCCGAUGAGAGAGGUCUCGGUCAGAGCCCUGGGCUGCUGGACACCAUGAGCAGGGGCACAAGUGAGUGCUUCUUCGAUGUAGUGGAAUGGGCUGCUGAGCAGCCGUGGUCUUCUGGAAAAGUUGGACUUUUGGGCAUAUCCUACUAUGGCGGAUCGCAGUGGCGCGUGGCGGCAAGACGGCCGAAAGGCCUGGCUGCUAUAAUCCCCUGGGAAGGCAUGUCUGAUUAUUACCGGGACCGAUGCCGGCAUGGUGGGAUCCUCUCGAACAAGUUCAUCGGUUUCUGGUGGAACCGGCAAGUGCUCGUAAACCAAUACGGCAAGGCUGGCAGAUCAAAGCUUCAGUUCCCGCCAGACGGACCAGGCGCUAGGGGUCAGGAGGACACCAUCGAAGGUGAUCUGCCGGAUGAAGUCCUAGUAGCCAACAGACGCGACCAGACUAAAGACAACGAGGAGAAUCGAUUUCGCGAUGAUGAGUACUAUGCUAGCAAGGAGUAUCGUCUUGAGGAUAUUGAGGUACCACUCCUCAGCGUUGCGAAUUGGGGCGGUAUUCUGCUCCACCUGCGAGGCAAUGUUGAAGGCUAUACACACGCCGGCUCUAAGUUCAAGUACCUGCGCUUCAUCACGGGACGCCACGAUCUCCCAUUCUACUACCACGAGGAAGUCGAGCUUCAGAAGAGCUUCCUGGAUGCCUUCCUAAAAGGACAGGACCGGGUUGGCUGGAGUGUGCCGGGCAAGGUGCCUCCCGUGACUCUGACAUUAAGAAAAGGAAACGUUGGCUUCAACGAUUCUGAAAAGGAGAAGGCCUUCCCAAAGCGAGAUGAGAGUGCAUGGCCACUGCCGAAUACUCAAUACACCCAGUUCCAUCUCCAUCCCGACCAGAAACUUACGACAAGCAAACCGAGCAAGGAAUCAAAAACCAUAUCCUAUAAAGCCCUUGGUACUUUAGAUAGUCCUCAAGCCGUGCAGUUCACAACGGCGCCCUUUGAAGAGGAUACAGAGAUCACAGGUCAUCCAUUGGCUCACUUGAAUGUCUCCGUCACACCGGAACAUAGCGAAGGAGAGAGCGAUAUAGAUCUCUUCCUCUCACUGAGACACAUAGACCCAGCUGGGAAGGAAGUCUUCUACACAGGAACGGCUGGCGAUCCUGUGCCACUUUGCAAAGGUUGGCUGAGGGCGAGCAUGAGAAAAGUCCACGAUCAAAAUCCGAAGCACCGACCGUGGUUGCCGCACCGGGAGUACCUGUCGACAGACGUCCUUCCGGUCAAGGCUGGGGAGAUCUACCCGGUGGACGUGGAGAUCUGGCCCACGAACGUAGUGGUGGAAAGGGGAGGCAAGCUCAUAUUAGAGGUUGCGAGCGGUGACACGCAAGGAUCUGGAGUCUUCCAGCAUAAUUCUGAAGUUGACAGGUAUGUGCAUUGUAUCAAGGAUUCCCGGCCAACUGACUGA